AUGGCGGAGGUGCUCACGGACUCGUACAUCACGCUCACGCCCACGGCGGCGUCCGACAGCCAGCGCGGCUCGCACUCGGCGCCCGCCAGCGACCUGCUGGCGCGCAAGUGGGCGGCCGCGGCCAAGCGCAAGGCGUCCAUGGAGGUCAUGAAGGUGCACGAGCCCGGGCCGGAGGACGACACGGACCGAGACUCGUCCAGGACGGAGACCGACCGCAGCUCGGAGCUCGGCAACGACGAGACCCCGAGCUCGGAUGGCGACGACGUGUCUACGAGCUCCAAGGUGGACCCCGAGUCGGAGGACGAGAACGAGAACGAUGACGACGAGGAGGACGACGAGGAGGAAGAAGAGCAGCAGGACGUCAUACCCACCUACGUGUGCGAGCUGCACGACCCCAAACCGGUGCUUGUCGCCGAACAGAUCCCGUGCAAUCGCGUGGAUAUCAAGCCGUGCGAGGCGGGCAAUGCAAACCAAGGCGCGUCCGACGCCUUGCUGUUCCGUUACGAGAUCGUGGUGGGGCGCGCGCAGCAGUCGUUCGAGUGCUCGCCGUCCAGGGCGUCGGAAGUAUUUAAGAAGCUGUCGAGGGACAAGAAGUGCGCCGACCAGCUGCGGUUCAUCGAGAUGAACUGCCUCAAGGGCGGCUUCAUUGGAUCGCUGAAGCGAAUGUACGCGUUGCCUGCGCAGAUCUCGACUGAGGUCAGGGACGUGCUGGAGGCCAUCUCGGACGUUGACGCGGUGCUCAUGAGCCCCACGUAUCUGGAUCUGGUCGGCGCGUCGAAGGGGUCCACGCUGUGUCGUGAGAUCGAAAAGCUCCUCCAGUCGCACAACAAGACGCCGGCGUCCGACGCGCCGUGCAUGUGCGACACCUACUACAAGUCGGUGCAGCGCUACGGCGAGUUCUUCCGCGAACAGGCCCAAACAAGGAACCAGCCGCGCCAGUCCACGGUCGCGAGUGAGACGCUCAUGAGGUCACGCGGCGUGUUGUCCUACUACACAGACACGAUCUACAUCCUGGACAAGCGCGAGUUUCGCCCCAUGCACGGCCUCAAGAGGUGCAACGUGUACGGCUUCGGGCGCCGCAAGCUGUUCGAGAUCGAGCGCGUGUCCCGCAAGCAGUGGUCGCUGCGCCACGUCAACUACGGCGAGAUCUUCACGCUGUCGCUCAAGAAGUACGCCGGCGGUGUCCACCACAUGGUGGCGGUCAAGCGCAUGGUGCCCGACGUACAGAACGGCGGCCUGCGGCAGGAGAACGUGUGCUUCGUCAAGAAGUCCAAGAGCCAGGGGUACCGCUGUCUGCUCAUGUCGGAGGUCAUCUCGCAGGGCAAGGUGACGACGUCCAUCUCGCUGCAGAAGCCCAAGUCGCCGCCGGGCGACCCCAACUUCCACUACAUGACCUUGAGUGAGGUCUCGGGGCCGUCGCGCGCCUCCAUCUGCAGCAGCACGCUCAGCGUUCCGUGCGAGCGCUACAAGCACGUCCAGCGCCUGAACGUGAGCGGCGGCAGCGACGUCGUCACGUACAUCGCCGUGGCCGCCAGCUACGACAUCCUCGUCGGCGCGCUCAGCUACUGGAUGGAGCGCAAGUACUAG